AUGAAGUCGAAAUUACCAGGUGCCAAAACAAGCUCGUUGAUUGGCAGUAAAACCGACAAACCAAGUUUGAAACCUUUCUGUGGAGCACAUGCCGAGGAAAACUCAUCAUCCGGAUACGAACCAGCUGACAUUGAGAGAAGUACCAACGCCGUCGAAGGCACCAGAAGUUUUCAGCGAUCAAUGAAUCCUACCUGCUUCAUCUGUAAGGACCCGUCACAUCGCGUAAAAGACUGUUGUGAGUUUCGAAAGCUGUCCGUCGAAAAUCGCUGGAACAAGAUAAAGGAGUUAGGGAUUUGCCGAACCUGUCUAGGAUACCAUGGGCGACGACCGUGUAAAUCAUCAAAAUUGUGCGACAAAGACAAUUGUUAUGGGAAACAUCACACCCUACUACACUUGACUACGGCAGCAGGCGGAAAUCAGCAGGGACAUAUAGAAGCGGUAAUUAGUCAUCAUCGUUCCGGCCAAUCUGCGCUUUUUCGGAUGCUUCCAGUAACUCUAUACGGGAACGGCAAAUCCAUAGAAGUUGUUGCCUUCAUCGACGACGGUUCAUCCAUGACGCUGAUGGACGAAGAUAUAGCGAAGCAGUUAGACAUCAAAGGCGAACUAGCUCCACUUUGCCUUCGAUGGACGGGAAACAUCACACGUAGUGAAGCCGAAUCCCAGCGGGCCAGCUUGACCAUUUCAGCCACAUCGAAAUCGCAAAAAUUUCCAAUCCACGUACGUACGGUUUCUAGCUUAAAUCUCCCGAAACAGACGGUUUGCUACGCUAAGCUAGUGCAAGAAUACCCCCAUAUUAAAGGACUACCAAUACAGGAUUAUAACAACGCUACUCCAAGGAUUCUAAUAGGAAAUGAUAAUUCCCAUGUUGGGGCAACGUUGAAGAUCCGAGAAGGAGCUCCUGGCGAUCCUAUUGCAUCGAAAUGUCGCUUAGGGUGGUCGAUCUACGGCGCUACGGGAAAAAUAACGACUGAAGCAAAAACAUUCCACAUCUGUGAAUGCAACUGCGACGAAAAAUUGCAGAAUUUAGUGAAGGAGUUCUUUUCGACAGAAAGUGUAGAGACAUCUGGAAGCAAAUAUACCAAGUCAAAGGAAGAUGAACGAGCGAUUAGAAUCAUGGAGGAGACCACGACUCGUUGCGGUCAAAGAUUUGAGACGGGCCUUAUUUGGAAGUACGACGAUUUUGAAUUUCCUGCGAGUCGAGCUAUGGCCGAACGGCGGCUACGAUGUUUGGAGCGACGAAUGCAGAAAGAUCCAAUCAUUGGAGAGAGCGUAAGGAGACAGAUGGCGGAGUACUUGCAAAAAGGGUACAUUCAUAAGGCUACCGAGGAGGAACUAGUUUCGGCGGACGAAAGACGGGCAUGGUAUCUACCAUUAGGCGUGGCUCUAAACCCCAAAAAACCUUCGAAGAUUCGAAUAUUUUGUGACGCAGCAGCUAGAGUGGAUGGUGUGUCACUCAACGACAUGCUAUUAACAGGGCCGGAUUUAUUGAGUUCGCUACCGGGUGUUCUGUUAGGAUUUAGAGAACGAGCGAUAGCCAUCUGCGCAGACUUAAUGGAGAUGUUCCACCAGGUGCGGAUACGCGCAGAAGAUCGAAAUUCGCAGCGCUUGUUGUGGCGUAAAUCUCCAGAAGAUCCCAUCGAAGUCUAUUUCAUGGAUGUCGCCACCUUCGGGUCAACGUGUUCUCCUAGCUCGGCCCAAUUUAUUAAAAACCGCAAUGCGAAGGAGUAUGCAAACGAGUAUCCUGAGGCAGCAGAGGCCAUAAUUGGGCAUCAUUACGUCGACGAUUGGAUGGAUAGCACAGAAACAGUAGAAAAAGGAGUGAAACUGGCGGCGGAGGUGGAAUAUGUUCAUGCACAAGCGGGAUUUAAGAUUCACAAUUGGCUUUCUAAUUCUCAAAAGUUACUGGAACGAAUAGGCGUUCGAAAUUCGGCGGACAUAAAACAUCUCAACUUGCAUAACGAGGCACAACGGGUACUAGGAAUGCUGUGGCAUCCGACAGAGGAUGUAUUUGUGUAUUCCAUGAAUAAAACGCUGGAGAUUCCACAUCCAACAAAGCGAGAAGUUCUGAGAGCAGUUAUGUCACUUUUUGACCCCUUGGGACUGCUCGCUUUUGUCGUAAUUCAUGGCAAAGUGUUGAUCCAGGACAUAUGGCGAUCGAAAACGAAUUGGGACGAGAGGAUUCCAGAAGAAUUACGAGAAAGAUGGCAGCAGUGGACACGGCAGUUCGAAAAACUUAAGGAGGUGAAAAUCAAUCGUUGCUAUUUUCCCAACUGCGUCGAGAGCGAAUUUGAGGACAUGCAGUUGCAUAUUUUUGGGGAUGCAAGCGAACAAGCUUAUGCGUGUGUUGCCUAUCUUCGUGCACGUAUCAACGGCCGAACACAAUGUGCUCUUGUAUCAGGGAAAACGAAGGUUGCUCCGUUGAAGACGAUUUCCAUACCCCGUCUAGAACUUCAAGCCGCAAUUCUCGGAGUUAGAAUGGCACAGAUGAUUAAAGAACACCAUAGAUUUGGCAUCAAACGCACGAUUUAUUGGACUGAUUCCCAAACAGUUCUUUCAUGGAUUAACUCGGAACAUCGAAGAUUUCGGCAAUAUGUUGCUUGUCGGGUAGGAGAAAUUUUGACGAAGACGAAUGCUGAAGAUUGGAGGUGGUUACCAUCGAAAGAAAACGUAGCCGACGACGCUACCAAAUGGGGUCGAGGACCUAACCUGUCGCCGGAGGCCCGAUGGUUUCAAGGACCGUCUUUCCUACAUUCGGCAGAAGAAGAGUGGCCUGUUAACUCUGCAGUGAAAGGUGAAACGGAAGAAGAGAUGACUGAAUGUCUGGUGCACGUUAUGCAAUCUGGGAGCAGUAUUCCGCUUGUUAAUUGGAAGUUCUUCUCUUCAUGGCAACGAUUGUGGCGAGCAGUAGCGACGGUUCUGAAGUACUUCAAUAUUUUGCGUUGCCAUGUCAUUGGUCAAGUUCCAUCCUCUGGACCUCUGACUUGUGAACUGCUUGCAAAAGCUGAGACUACAAUUUUCCGGUGUGUUCAACUCGAUGUGUAUCAACGAGAAUGGGCGAUACUGCAGGAUAUGAAGAAAGUGAAGCCUGCAACACGAGGCCGAAGUGAGAUCAGCAAGGAUAGUAAACUGUUCAAACUCUCCCCUUUCUUGGACGAACACGGAGUCAUACGGCUAGAAAGUCGAAUCGUCGCAGCUUCCUACGCGGCGUUUGAUACCAGAUAUCCUAUAAUUUUACCCAAGGAUCAUCCUGUCACCCUACUUUUAGUAGAAGCCAUGCAUAAGCGAUACCUUCAUGCCAACAGGGAAACCGUCGUGAACGAAAUCCGGCAGCGGUUCCAUAUCCCUAAUCUUCGAAGUGUAGUGCGAAAGGUAACCAAGUCCUGCCGAGUGUGCCAGAUCAGAAACGCAAAACCCGUGGUUCCCAGAAUGGCUCCCCUGCCGGCCGCUAGGUUGCAAGCAUUUGUUAAACCGUUUACGUUCAUAGGUUUGGAUUACUUCGGUCCGAUAAAUGUGCGUAUUGGAAGAAGCCUGGUUAAGAGGUGGGUGGCGUUGUUCACUUGCCUAACGAUACGGGCAAUCCAUUUGGAAGUGGUCCAUUCUCUCACCACCGAGUCAUGCAAAAUGGCCAUCCGUCGGUUUAUUGUAUGCCAUGGAUCGCCCCUUGAAAUUUAUAGCGACAACGGAACCAACUUCGUGGGUGCCAGCAACGAUCUUCGGUCGAAAAUAGAUUCCGAACAACUCGCUGAGAGUUUCACGAAUGCGUCAACGAAGUGGAUAUUCAACCCGCCUUCCGCACCACACAUGGGAGGCGCAUGGGAGCGGUUAGUUCGUUCGGUCAAAGUAGCCAUGGCUUCGAUACAAACUAAUAGGAACCCAGAUGAGGAAACCUUCGUAACGAUCGUUAGAGAGGCGCAGGGCAUUGUAAAUUCUAGACCGCUAACUUUCAUUCCCAUUGAUGGCGAAUCCCAAGAAGCCCUCACGCCGAAUCACUUUAUUAUGCUGAGCUCCAGCGGGGUGACUCAGGUACCGAAAAGAUUAGCAGAUGAAAAACAGGCGCAUCGCAACAACUGGGGCCACUUGAACGUGAUGGUCGAUCAAUUUUGGAGAAGAUGGAUUAAGGAGUACCUGCCUACUAUUUCUCGACGCACCAAAUGGUUCCAGGACACGCCUCCUAUAGAAAAGGGAGACUUGGUGGUGAUAGUCAACGAUACAGAACGGAAUGGCUGGAUACGUGGACGAGUGAUUGGAUUCAUCGAAGCGAAGGAUGGGCGUAGACGUCAAGCGGCAGUACAAACAUCAAAGGGAGUGAUGACGAGGCCGAUGGCAAAGUUAGCACGACUGGACUUGAGUGCUGGUAACACGAGGGCAGCGGAUACAUCCUCUGACCUGUUUUACGGGCGGGGGGAUGUUACGGCAUAA